AUGGCGGACGAUAAGGACCCGCUGCCCAAGCUGAAGGACCUCACCUUCCUGAAGGACCAGCUGGAGAGCCUGCAGCGCAGGGUGGAGGACGAGGUGCACGCUGGCGUGGGGCAGGAUGGCUCUCUGCUGGCCUCGCCCUUUCUCAAAGGCUUCCUGGCAGGCUACCUGGUAGCCAAACUUCGCUUCUCGGCCGUCCUGGGAUUCGUGGCUGGGACCUGCACAGGGAUAUACGCUGCUCAGAACUACGCUGUCCCCAAUGUUGAGAAGACAGUCCGGGACUAUUUCAGUUCGCUGAAAAAAGGUCGGGACUAGCGAGGAGCCCUUUGGCAGCAGUGACUGUAGGAAUGGUACUCCUUAGUUAGCAGGCGCAGAAGAUUCCUAGGGCUUUCAGAGGCACGUCACGUACGCCACUGGAAAAGGGUACACCACAUCAUUGCAAGACAUCAGCAGGUCUGGUUAUGGGGUAUUUAUUAGAGCAUCGUGGCAGCAGCGAUCACUCCACUAACCCACAGGAGCUUGGAGGCACCAGCAGCAGACGGUUUGCCAGCUGCCUUUUCCCCUCACCUCUCUCCCCAUGCCUCUGCAGAUUGAAAGGCUGCCUGUGACAUGUCAUCACGCUCACCACCCAUACUCCCUUAUGCCGAGCGUACGCUUUGCCCUAGGAACAUGCUUUGUGUGGCUUCCUGGGGACGCUUGUAGUUAUCUUCCUAACGAAAGACAAAACCAUUCUCUUCUGCUGCAUCAGAAAUGUAGCAGGUAACAUCCUGUUUUAAUCAGGCUCAUUAAAUUCAUGGUAUUUGGUCUCUUCUUGAA